GCUGUGUCCCGGUGCCCCAAAGGGCCUUCUCGGCCCCCGGCUGUUCCUGAGCUGGUCAACGCCGGGGACCUGAGUGGUUCGGGCGGUAGUGGCAGUAGGACGCCCGGGUCCUCGUCCGGAGCCACGAGCCUCCGGGAGACGCUCCGGGGCCAGUGCCCACACUCUUAGGCGCCCUGGGUCGGAGGCCAGCCCGGGUGCGCGGUUACAUGCCCGCUUGCCCCUCGAGGGAGGCCUCCCUGGGCCGGCACAUAGCGGUCCCAGUAAGUGACAGGACCAGUAUACCCUUCACGGGAGAGGCGGCCGCAGACUACAGUGACCAGGAGCUGCACCGGAUGCUUCCUUUGCCCGGAAGGAGCUCACGUUCCCACCUGCCGAGUCCUGGAGCGUGGCCCUGCGCCUUUAAGGCGGAGCUUGCCGAGGAGCCACGCCCCGAGGGGCGCUCGGCCGCCAUUGGCCGAGGCCGCCUCAGGGCGGCACGUGGGCACGGGCCUUGAGCGCUCUGAUUGGAUUCGGGGCCUGUCCGUCUGCGAGCCUGGGGCCCGUGCCCACCCCAGGCCUCGGCGUUCGACUCCCGGGUCCUGCACGUUCCAUUCCCAGGCGGCCCCGGGGCGCGGCCCGAGCGGCCCUCUGAGUCCCCUGGCCGGGGCGCCGAAGCCGCGACGCAGGGCCUGGUUAGGAACCAGAAUAAGGCUGCUUCUGGGACCUGGUCAUAGGACUGACCAUGGCGGAGUUCUCCCAGAAUAGGAGCAAGCGGCGUGACGGUGAGGUGCUGGGAGGCGCUGUAGACUUCCUCCUGGCCAAUGCCCGCCUGGUGCUGGGAGUGGGCGGAGCUGCGGUGCUGGGCAUUGCCACCCUGGCCGUGAAGCGGCUCAUUGACAGGGCCACCACCCCCCGCGAUGAGGACGACGCCAAGGGGGACGCCCCAUGCCUAGAGGACAGCUGGCAGGACCUGAGCCUGCUCAAGGCCACGCCACGCCUCCAGCCCCGGCCCCCGCCCGCUGCGCUCAGCCAGCCGGUGCCACCUCCAGCCCCCUCACUCUCUGCCCCAGAAGGGUCUGCUGACGCAGGGCCCCAGACGUCGCCUCAGCUUAGCUCGCCGGCACCACCGCUGUGUCUGACGUUCCAGGAGAAACUGCUGGCUUUUGAGCGGGACCACGUGACUGUGCCAGGGGCUCACGUGUCUCUGGCCAAGCAGCUGGCGGGUGACAUUGCCCUGGAACUACAGGCCUAUCUGCGGAACAAGUUCCCAGACCUGCCCUUUGGGGCGCUUGUGCCCGGCGGGCCACUCUAUGAGGGGCUGCAGGUGGGGACUGCCGACCCUGUGCGGCUCCUGGUGCCCCUGGCACUGGAGCCAGGCCUGUGGAGCCUGGUGGCCGGCUCGGACACUGUAGCCCAAGACCCUCGCUGCUGGGCUGUGCGUAGGACUCAGCUGGAGUUCCGCCCCCGCGGGAGCAGCCCCUGGGACCGCUUCCUGGUGGGCGGCUACCUCUCCUCCCGGGUCCUGCUGGAGCUGCUCCGGAAGGCCUUGAUCGCCUCCGUCAACUGGCCAGCCAUCGGCAGCCUCCUCGGGUGUUUGAUCCGGCCACGCGUGGCCUCAGAUGAGCUGCUGCUGGAGGUGCAGCACGAGUGCCUGGAGCUCACUGUGGCCGUGCUGCUGGCCGUGGCUGGAGCCCAGGAUGGAGACCUUUUGCUGGCCUGGCCCUUGGAGGGGUUAGCUGGGAACCUUUGGCUGCAGGACUGGUACCCGGCUGAGGCUGCCCGGUUGCGGGCCCUGGAUGAGCAGGACGCUGGGACCCGCCGGCGGCUGCUGCUGCUGCUCUGCGCUGUCUGCCACAGUCACUCAGCUCUGUGGCGGCUGGGCCGGGACCGCCUGGCUCAGGUGGUUCUGCACCUGGGUGAGCAGGAGGCUGACUGGGCCGAGGAGGCCCUGGGGGAGCACUUCCUCCAGGCUCUGGAGCUGCUUCUCAGCAGCCUGGAGCAGGCCAGCCUGCCCAGCCACUUCAACCGCGACGUGAACCUCCUGGAUGGCCUGCGGGAGGAAGAGAUUGAUGACUUGGGCUUUGCACUGUACCGUGGCCUACAGGCCCCCGAGGGGCUGCUCUAGAGGGCGGAUGCAGCUGGGCAACAGACACCACUGCUUUUAGCUGGAACGAGGGGGUGUGGGCCGCCUUCGGCUUGCAGGAGCUGCCAUGAGUCCCAGGCAGGGAUGAGGCCACUGUCAUUUUCUGUCCCAAGGGUGUCAUGCUUCCUUUGGGUGUGGGCAUCUCCAGGCUGCUGGUGCUUGGCCAUGGACACUCUGUUUGGUAACCCCCCCGGGGCUGGAAUCACCUGGGAUCCUCAGAACGUAGCUUUUGGCUGACCCUCAGGCCUGCUUUCUGUGCUAUGUGCCUGGUUUGCUCUCUAGCCUGGACUAGCCGGGGCUAACCUGGGGGAAGGCCCUUCCGCUCUAGCCUCGGAGGCCCUGGGCGGGCUCUGUCCUCACUGAGGGAGCCAAGGCUGUCUAUGCUGCUCGCCUGGCCCAGAGCCUAGGGUGCCCCUGGCUGCUGCCAGCCCGGCCCCCACUGUGCCAACACCAGCUGUCCUAGCUGACCCUGUGCUCUCCCUGGAGCUGGUGGGGGCUUGGGCCAGGGGGGUGUUGUCUGCCUCCCCUCCCAGGCAUCUCUCCUCUCUGGUAUCCUUCCUGCUAAAGUAAAGCUAUGCCACAAGGACUGUGAAUGAGAAUAAAAAACUCAAAAAAGUCCAUGA